AUGCUUAUUAUUAUAUCGUACAAUAUUGGAGGUAUUACGACAUGUGGUAUACAAGCCUUACUAAGAUCUUGGCUAAAGGAAACACCACAUGAUGUUAUAUUAUUACAAGAAUUACAUAUGACUAAAAUUAAACAUCUCGAUAUAUUUAGAAAUGCAUUUCCAGAUUACAAUAUAACAUGUAGUUUAGGUACUUGGACAGCUGGUGGUACACUGGUUAUGAUUAAAAAGAAAUAUGAUGUUAUAGAUGCUAGUACUGAUCCAGAUGGCCGAACUGCCUUCAUCAAAAUUAUUUAUGAAAAAAUUCUCAUCAUUACUAUUAGUGCAUAUGCACCUGCUCAAAUUACUGAAAGGUGUUCCUUCUUUAAAGAUAUACGAUUUUAUAUCCCGUCAACUAAAUUGAUUAUCAUUGGAGGCGAUUUUAAUUAUGUGCCGAAUAAUCGCCGAGAUCGAAUACAAUAUGGAAUUCAAACUGACAAUCAUUCAUAUCUAUUAUUAUUGCAAAAUAUAAUAAAUCCACUUCUACUUGAUAAAAAUAUUUCGUUCGAAAUAUCCACGUAA